UAUCGAGAGGGUUACUUGCUUGCUUUUCUGCGGAGCAACGUGGUGAGAGGAAGGAACUGAAAUAGGCUCCCAUUCAUUUUGAAAAUACAGCUAAGAAACACACGAAAUACAACAAAAUGCCUUGUCGAAAGGAGAACUACAUCCUCUUGGAGCAAUCUGUUACCGUCGAUUCGAAAGAAGUGGACGCUUUGGUCACGAAAAUCGGCGAGGCGCUGCAGCUUCACAACAAUAGUGCUAAUCAAAAGACGAUGUCGUGUCUCCACGGUCUCACCGGCAACUGCAGCAGUAGCAACAUCAAACAAGCUAACAACAACAACAAUGGCGUGGCCCUGCAAAAACGAACCGGGUGCUGCAUACGACUUCGAAACCGGGGGCAACGUAGUAACAGAGCUAGUCCAUACAGCUUCCCUGGCUCAAGUAACCAGGAGUGGGACAAUUUCAAACCUUGGAACCGAAAGAGGAUCAGCGCAGCUGUCGAGAACGACGACCCACAUCAGUUACUUCAGGAAUUAAUAUUGUCUGGGAAUCUAAUCAAAGAAGCAGUCAGGCGGCUGCAGUUUUCUACGACGGAGUGUGGAGAUCUUUCGGACAAUCUGCAGUGCUGAUGAUGCGGACAAUGUAUUCAUUAUCGAAAUGUUACGGACAAAACGAAAAUACUAUUUUGCUGACAUAGCUAGCUAGCUAUAACGUUAUACUAUAAAUGUUUAACGAUUAAAUAUGUUAUGAUGGUAACGUUAGCAUGUCUAAUUUGUGACAGCUAAUUUAGGCUUUUCAUUUAGCCAAUUAGUUAACGGUAGCCAUGUUUGAAACUCACUUCACCUUUUGAUUGUUAAUUUAGAUUUUUGUUAUGGGUUGGGACUCUCCUUUCCACUAUUCGUUGUCUUAGUUAGUAGCUAGUUAUGUAAACCAAGUGAAUACUAUGUAAACAUAGUGAACGCUUUACGUUGACCUUGUUUACAAAUCUAAUCAGGCCGCCUGCAUUGCCUUUUUUUGUUUUUGUCCGUUAAAAUUGAAACGAGCCGAUUUAAACCAAGGUCUUACGUUACUAGUUAGCAUGCUAGGCUAGCGCCACACUCAUGCCAGGGUGGAUUCCAAACGUCCCCGGCAACCCAACACCAACGGCAGCUUUGUAUUUCCUUCACAAAGAAGGAACGGGAUCAACAACCAGCUACCAAACCGUGUAAGAGACUGAGGCAGGCGACAUUUCAAAUGGUUGACUAAAUGUCUCUUCGAACUGUCUGGGGGCUGUGUAUUUUUCAUAAUGAUGGGACACUGUUGUGCUUAACCUUAUAAUUCCAAUGCGGAUUUGUGUUUAUCAUUUUCCAAUUGUCUGUGUCAAGUUAUUUACCAUGACCACUUCGCAACGAAGUAUUUCAUAAUGUUCCUGAGUAUUCAGGCCUUUUGGUGUCUUAAAAUAAACACGGUGUUUUUUUUCAA